AGAGGUUCGUAUAGGCAGAAGCGAGGUUCAUAUUUGGGACGAGCUGGCUUUCAGGAGCAAAGGACCGCACCAGCGUUCUUCCCACAAAGAGGCAGACCCUGGGUCGCUAGGGGCAUCCAAGGAGCUCCCUAUGGAUGACGACCUUAUGGUAAGUGUCUACUCUCCCCUUUCUUCCCUUAGGGUUGUGGGGGGCAGACUCAUACAUUUUUCUCAUGUGUGAUCGCAUUUGACGUCAGAUGCUUGGGUACUUCAAGCUAAAACAGGUUAUUGCAUAGAUUUUGUGUUGCACCCGACCUAAACCUUCCCUCCCAGAGAGAUUUUUUUUCCCAACACAAAACUCUUCUUGUAUCCUAGGAAAUUCACGAAUUGAUGCGCAAACAAGCCAUCACAGAGAUCCCAACCAAUACACCGGGUUAUGUCAGCAAACCCAAAAAAGGUGGAGGG